AAACAUGAUGUCCUCCAAUCCGCAGGACGGUGGCUUUAUGUAUCAAUGUGUUUCACCCAAGCCUUGCAUUUCAGCCACCGUUAGGAAUGCGUAUCUAAACACCUCGCAGCCGUGCGGGAGAAUGCGUGCACCUGUCGCCCUCUGGCGGCGGUUUCUAAGUAACGCAAUAAUAUUGAAGCGCUCAAGCCCCGCACCCUGAGAAGCUCGCAAGUCCGUCCCCUCCCCUUUGUGCUUAAUUUUACGGAUUGUUCUUGCUUUCGCAGUAAAGAGCUACUAAACUAAACCGUAAUUGCUUUAAACUUUCCGAGGAAACAAACGGGAUGAUAAACAGUAUCAUCAUUUUUUCUCUGUACGGUUUUGGUCAAACAGAAUUAGUACAGGUAUUGUAUUUAUUUACACAACAAACGAUGACCGAGUCAGCUUUCUGAGUCAGAGUGAGCCCGAUGGAAAGGGGCUGACGGUUAGUGAGGUGGAAAGCAACCCUUCCUCAGUCCGCGGCGCUGGAACAGUGCAGCGGGGUUUUCCAAACGCGUUUCUCGAUCGGGCUGCUGCCGGAGGCGGCUCGCGUGGAGUUUUGAGCCCGCCGAGCCACCGUGUGUUUGUGUUGAUGGAGGCGAAGAUGGCGGAGGAGCUGGAGCGGGUCCGGAUUUCAGCCGCGGAGCUGCGGGGCGCCGCUCCCGCUACCAGCCGGGACCAGAGCCUGCGAGCCGGGGAGCCGCCGGACAGCGGAAAGGACCAGCGUGACGCUCAGCAGCGCCGGGAUGGGAAGCGGCCGGACCUGCAGCUCUACCAGCCCGGCAUGUCGCGGCUCCGACCCCGCAGAGAGACCUCGGGGAGCAGCGAGGGGGACGGGCAGCCGGAGCACUGCCCACGAGAGGAAGAGGAGGAGGAGGAGGAGCAGCAGGGGACAGGACCAGAGGCAGCCCACGCUGCUGAAACCACGGGGACAGCAAGAACCCCUGAAAUACCAGCCCGGGACAGCCCAGCCUCCGUCGCUGCUGCUGCUGCUGCGGGGUCCCCAAAACAGGCACGCAAAAUCCGCAAACCAGACCGGCAAAUCUACCAGCCCGGGGGCCGUCGUCUGCAGCAGCCAGCUGAGACAGGGGUUAGCAAAGAGCAGCCCCUUAACAGGGAGACUAGCAAAGAGCUGGCCCUUAACAGGGAGACUAGCAAAGAGCUGGCCCUUGACAGGGAGACUAGCAAAGAGCUGCCCCUUAACAGGGAGACUAGCAAAGAGCUGGCCCUUAACAGAGAGACUAGCAAAGAGAUGGGGAUUAGCAAAGACCCGACUGUGAGCAGGAAGGCUAGGGUUAGCAAAGAACCCGCAGCCAACAAGGAAACUACUGACAGCAAAAAUCCAAAGGUUAGCAAGGCAGGAGCGGUUGCCAAGGACUCUGCAGAGACCUUAAUCAGGAAAACAGAGGGGAUGAACAUAUCUGAGGGUGUCAGUCGUCCAGCCUGCGGGGAGGGAGGGAGGAAGAAGGGGGGGAGCGAGGGCAGGAGAAACAAAGCAGGGGGAGAGGGAGCUCAAGGGAGGAAAGAAAAGGGGGCAAGGAGGACCAGAGGAGGAGGUGGCGGAGAGAGGGAGAGGGCUAGGGAAAGGGAAGGAGACGAGUCAAGAAAGAAGAGCGGUCUUGAGAGGGAGAGGGGUAAGGUGGUAGAGAGGGAGGGGGAAGCAUGCGAGGGAGGGAGCAAGGCUCAGCAGGGCGGUGGCGCCUCAUCGAAGCGCUACUCCAAAUCAGACAAGCGCCGCAAUCGGACCUACAGUACCAGCUCGGCCAGCAGCGGUACCAGUUUCGAUGGGCCUGGGAACGGAGGGGGGUCUGCGAAAGUCGGGGAGAGCAGGAGAAAGCAGCAACACCAGCAGGGAGCCAGGGACAGAGAAGGGAGGGUUAGUGGAACAGCCCGUUCAGCUGUUACAGCUGGGGGAGGCGACAGGAGAGAGAGGGCCCUGGAGGCCAAAAAACAGGCCAGCAUUUCAUCCACAGACUCUUACGAUGACUUCGAACAAGAGGACAGAGAGGGUGAAGGGUGGAGCCCAGAUAGGUCUAGUGAUAACAGGAGGAGAGGGGGAGGAAGCAGCAGUGAUAGAAGGGCAGGUGGCAUCUUAAGGGUGAGCUUUGAUAGGGAAAGAAGUUCUCCGUUCACCACCGCGAACAGCGCGGAGCAGAAGAGGAGAGACGAGCCCAGAGGGAGAGGGAGGGGCAUCCUCGUACUCCCGGCCCACACAGACCUGACUGCACCCCCUGAGUCAGGGUCACGCCUCCUGCUUGGAAGCCGGGGAGCCAGGGGGCGGGGCAGGGGCGGGGCUACUAGAAGGCUGUGGGAUCCCAACAAUCCAGAGCAGAAGCCAGCUUUAUUAAAGGGCCAGCAGCAGCAGCACUUGCAGCAAGCAGUGUACUCCCAGCCUCAGCUUCACUUCUUAGACACGGAUGAUGAAACCACAGGCAGCCCCCCUGCCCACCAGGACGAGCCCUUUCCAGGCUACCGCGCUGCCGCUCAACAGGCACUUACUUCUUGUUACUACAAGUUUCAGAACUCGGACAACCCUUACUAUUACCAGCCCACCACUGCCCCCCGGUACCCCUACCCUUACCAGCUGCCCUAUCAGAUCCAAGGCACUAAUGGGGUGUACCCCCCUGCUGCUCCUGGUUGCUACGCAGGGUACGCUGGUGUCGGAGUGGCCCCCACCUCUCUGCAGCAGCACGGCUACAUCUCCAGCCCCCUCACCCCGGAGGAGGCUGAGCUCCAGGCCAGGGGGAUGCAGCAGCAGGAGCUGAGCAAGCUGCUCCGGAUAGCUGACAAGCAGGAGCUGCAGCUCAGCAACCUGCUGUCCCGGGACCAGCUCAGCCCAGAGGGGCUCGACAGGAUGGCACAGCUCAGGGCUGAGCUUCUCUCUGUGUACGAGCGUGUGAUCCUGAGUGAUCUCGAGUAUUCGGACACUCAUAAUCUGGACCAGGCUCUGUGGAAGAACGCUUUCUACCAGGUGAUAGAGAAGUUCAGGCAGAUGCUAAAAGACCCGGCCUCGGAGACCGGCCAUCAGAUCAGAGCCAUGCUGCUCGCACUGCUGGACGAGGGAGCUGCGUUCUUCGACUCCCUCCUGAAGAAGCUGCAGGCCGUGUUCCAGUUCAAGCUGGAGGAUUACAUGGAUGGGAUGGCGAUUCGCAGCCGGCCCCUGCGCAAGACGGUGAAGUACGCGCUGAUCAGUGCCCAGAGGUGCAUGAUCUGCCAGGGAGACAUUGCCAGGUACCGAGAGCAGGCCAACGACACGGCCAACUAUGGGAAAGCACGCAGCUGGUACUUGAAGGCACAGCAGAUCGCUCCCAAAAACGGACGCCCGUACAACCAGCUUGCACUGCUGGCUAUCUACACGAAGCGGAAGCUGGAUGCAGUGUAUUACUACAUGCGCAGCCUGGCUGCUAGUAACCCCAUCCUGACUGCCAAAGAGAGCCUGAUGAGUCUGUUCGAGGAGACCAAGCGCAAGGCGGACCAGAUGGAACAGCGCAGGCAGCAGCAGCAGCGAGAGCGGGAGGAUGUCUCCGAGUGCAGUGCAGGGCCCAGGGGCCGGGGGAGAGCAGGAGGGGGAGGCAGGUCCACGCUCGGGGACGACGCGGCUCGAGUGGAGAUCUGGGUCCGACCGGCCAGGAAAGGCCAGUCCAGAGCGGGCAGCGAGUCCGGCAAGGAGUCUGAGCAAGACAGUGAGCUGAGCAACCUCAUCCCCAGUGACCUCAAUAAGCGUUUCAUCCUGAGUUUCCUCCACGCUCACGGGAAGCUCUUCACAAAGAUCGGGAUGGAGACGUUCCCAGUGGUGGCGGCUCGGGUCCUUCAGGAGUUCCGCGCCCUCCUGCAGCACAGCCCCUCCCUCAUCGGGAACACGCGCAUGCUGCAGCUCAUCACCAUCAACAUGUUCGCAGUGCACAGCGCGCACAGCAGGGACGGGGGCAGUGAGGCUCGCUCAGUGAUCCAGGAUCAGGCUACCUCUCUGGGGCUGUCAAUGUUCGCCCUGUUGGUGGAGCGCUGCACGGAGCUGCUCAAGGAGACUCCGAGAGCGCCCCCCAGUGCCAGAGAGGAUGAUGACGGGGAUGAAGAGGAAGAUGUCAAGGUGUCUUCCUUCCUCGCAGACCUCAGGGAGCUGCUGCCCAGCGUCAAGGUCUGGUCGGAUUGGAUGCUAGGCCAACCGGACCAGUGGAACCCGCCUCCCUGCAGCCUGCUCCUGCCAAACGGGAGCAGUCUGGAUGUGUGGGAGACCCUGGCGCAGUUCUGUAACACGCUGGCGAGGGUGAACCAGGGAGCGGUGCCACUCUACAAGGACCCAGAUGAGGACCUGUGUCUGCUGGUGCUGGAGGAGGACCGGCUGCUCUCAGGCUUCAUCCCCCUGCUGGGGGCGCCGCAGGAGCCCUGCUAUGUGGAGACAGCGUCUGACAAGGCCAUCGCUGCGGACUGUAAGCGGGUCACGGUGCUCAAGUAUUUCCUGGAAGCGCUCUGUGGACAAGAAGAGCCUUUGCUGGCAUUCAAGGGUGGAAAAUAUGUGUCGAUGGCAACCGUCCCAGACACCAUGGGAAAGGAAACGGGAAGCCAGGAGGGAAAACAAGCUGACAAUCAGGACGAGGACGUGCUAGUUGAAGCGAUGGAGGAGGAUUCUGAGCCGGACGCCAGCGACAGCGAGGACGAUUUCCGAGAGCUGAGAGCGCGCAAACAUGCCCUGACUAUGAAGGUGGCGGAGCAGCAGAGGAGACGAGACAAGAUCCAGGCAGUGCUGCAGCCCUGCAGGCAGCUGGAGAUUGAGAUCACUCCCGUGUUCCUGGUCCCCGACACCAACGGCUUCAUUGACCACCUGAGUGGCUUGGCCAAGCUCCUGAGCUGCAGGAGUUUCAUACUGGUGGUGCCCCUCAUCGUGAUCACGGAGCUGGACGGGCUGGCGCGGGGGCAGGAGACGGAGUACCGCACUGGCAGCCAUGCCCGGCAGGUUCAGGAGCACGCCCGCAGUGCCAUCAGCUUCCUGGAGCGUGGGUUCGAGAGCAGAGAGCCCUGCCUGAGAGCGCUGACCAGCCGGGGGAAUGAGCUAGAGUCCAUCGCCUUCCGCAGUGAGGACCCUACAGGACAGCAGGGAAACAACGAUGACCUCAUCCUGUCCUGCUGCCUGCACUACUGCAAGGACAAAGCCAAGGACUUCAUGCCCACUCAAAAAGAUGAGCCCAUUCGUCUGCGCAGGGAGGUGGUUCUGCUGACGGACGACCGGAACCUGCGAGUGAAAGCGCUGACCCGAAACGUGCCGGUCCGGGACAUCCCGGCUUUCCUCAAGUGGGCCAAAGUGGGAUGAAACCAGAGCGGACGGGCCAACAGCGCACGGGAGAAGAUAUGACACAAAUGAAUUCCUCUGAGCGAAAAAAACAAAUGACAAACAAGAGAAAGAGGGAGAGAAAGAAGAGAGAGGUAGAGAGAGAGGAAGGGAGGGAGGGAGAGGAGGAGGAGGAGGAGGAGGAGGAGGAGGGAGUUUAGAUUGAAGGGAUCUGUUGAGAGGCUUUACUGCGAGUUCCUCGCUAAUAGAAAUGACCUCUCUCUCUCAACCUAACGACCUUUUAGAGUGCAGAGAAAAUCAAGAUGAUGACGGUGAUAACGAAGAUUUGUGGCUGAGCAAACACAGUUAAGCUGCAGUGUGAGUGAGAGAGGACGCAGCCGCAGGACGCUAACCCACUGACGCCACAGAUAAGGGAGGGAGGGGGCCAAGUCGCCUGGCCCGGACUGGAGUGGAAUUGAGAGAACGAGGGAACGCUUGCUUGGUUUUGGUUUGGUGAAUGCGAGUGGGGGCUGUCUUGUCCACAUGCUCUCUGGUGACCCCAACGUUUGUUGUUUUUUUUAUUUAUUUUUUUAUUCCUUACCUCUUGUUAGUUUCUUGCUUGUUUAUGUUUCAGGUGCAGUGCGAUUCGUCACAUGUGUCUCGCCUGCCUUUAUCUCCCUGAAUUCAGUGGUAUGGUGGCACACGGUUCUCCUAGUCUCUGGCAUUAAGAUCUGGGAUGUGGAGCUGUCUUUGACCCUAAUCUAACUAAUGAAUUCCUACUUCUGACUCAUGCCCCCUAAAGGCUAUUAGAGGAUUUAAUAUGCCUAGAAAACUACAGUUCCCAUAGUUCCUUUCAGCACUGAAGACCAGGGGUGCUGGGGUAUUUAAACUGAGGGGGGUGGGUACCGUUUCAUGGUUCAUGCUCAAAGCAUUCUGUUUUAGAAUUGGGGGUGGCGGGGGUCUGAAAUGGGUAGCUCUUUCCCAUAUAGGCAGCGCUAACUGUACUGUAUACAGCUUUUACUGUAGAUCUGUAUGUCUGGCGCAUCUGUGAGCUGGCUGUUUUUGGUUUUUUGUUUUGGUUUCGUCAGCAGAUUUUGAUAAGCGUGACAGUGGAAGCCUAACAAGGCAAAACGAGCUCCAUGUUAUACAAAGUUUUUGCUAAAAAAAAAAAAAAAAAAAACAUUGCUAUUAUUAUUUAGCAAUUUUAUAGUUUGCUGUUUUUUUAUGCUGUAAUAUAUGGAUUUUUUAUUAAUAAUUAUUUUUGUCUGGGUGUUUUUGUUGGAGGGAAGGUGCUUUGGCCUCCAUUCUUGCAGGGAUGCUGGGUAAGAAGUCAUUGCACUGGCCUGGCUCCACCUGGGUAAACCACAGCUCCACGGGAGUGACAUUACUUCAAGGGUCCUUGCAAAAAUGGAGGACAGAUGCAUGAAUAAAAACUAAGAACUUGAUAACCAAUUGGAACAACAGACUGCCCAACCCAUAGUCUCAACUCUGCAGGUGUAACUAACUGACUAACAAGCCCUGGAGGGCAGGGGUGAUGAGGAUCCGCAGCCAGUGUAGCUGAUGAAGAAAGUUUAUUUCGAAGGAGCAGACACUGCGUGUGCUGAAUCCUGAAGGCAUGCUUGCUCUGUCUGCAGCCCUCUCUGAGACCUAUAAAGAAGACCGCUCUGACACUCUCAAUGGCUUUUUCUCCGGCACUUGCUAUUUUCAUGUCUGCAGAAUCUCAGGUAGCGCAGUCAGCCACCAGCUCAGCCCAGGCUCAGGGGGCUGUUUGCAGCCUGAAGCGGCAAGAUCCAUAGCUCUCCUUCCACAAACUCUCACUAUGUGGGUGUGUCGUUUACCAUGCAGGACCUUUUCUGGAGUUGCAAUUAUUUUCUGUGUGUGUCAUCGGACUAAAACACAAUUUCAAUAAAUUCCUGCUUUUCAUUAUUGUUUUUAUAAAAACCUGGGCUCUUUCCGAGCGGGCUGAUCUCAAAUGAGACCCAUUCUGCACUACUGAACACCCCAGCACACGUUGGAGCUGCCCAGGUACGUUACAGAGCAGCCGAUCGCACUGAUGGAGCAGCUCUGUGCACUCCUUCCACAGGUCAGGGUCCCCUGAACCCCUGGACACUGAAUACCAGGACCUUUGGCAUUUGCUGGUUUACGACGCUGAGUCUGUGGAGUGUGCCAGCAGGGACGGGUUCCAAGGAGGGGGUCUGGUUUCAGGCCUGAUAGACGAUCACGUCGGGCACAGACCCGCCCUGCCUGUCACGGAGGUUCCCGUUCCUGAGUCUAACUCUGUUAGGACAUGUGUUUGAAUCGAAGGCCUCCGCGACACAUGCCUAUUUCAGGAAACUUUUAUCGGUAGUGUUGUUGAAACUAGUUUCUUGGCUUUGUUAUUGUUUUUGUACCAUUUUCCUAACAUGUAAAGUUUAAGCAAUACAAUCAGACUGAGGAAUAUUGGGGGGUUGUUGUGGUGGGGCACUUUACAUUUGUGACCUACAGCAGGAGUACUUCGACAGGAGCCAAUAAAGCAAAUCACCAAAGAUUUAGAUAAUAAAACUCAUUUUAAUUAGCAUAGUCCAUACUUUAAAUAAAGCAGGAGUAGAUAUCAGUGUCAGUGAAUUGCUGUUAAGUAGUCUGCCAAUGUAAAAAGGGUAUUGAGUAAAGAAAUGCAGUUUGAAAGUAAACGCGGGGUUUCAGAUGCUAUCUGUGAACGAGUGCCUGUAUAGUUUAUCUUGAAAUGCAGUCCUGUAGCGUCGAUGAGAACUGGCCUUUAAUAUAUCCAUCAGUUAAACGCUCUUUAAAUACAGACGUGACGUUUUAAGACAUUUUAAACUUCUCAUGUUUCCUUUAGAUAGAGAACAUUUAUAAGCAUUAUAUAAGUUCGAGGGCCUAGCGACCUUUCUGUUCACAGAGGAUGGUGCGUGCUGUACGUUUUCUAAUUAAAUACGUUUUUAGUUCUGUUUCCUGUGUGUUUAUGAAUUGUGUGUGUGUGUUUUUUUUUCUAUUUUAAAUGCUGCAAAGAGCAGUUCUGUUGCAUGUGUUAUAAGGUGGUUCAGAGAGCUGGAGGAAGUAUGUUCUUUUUCCUGCCUGUAAAAGAUGAGGAAAGCAGAUUGAAGCACAGAUGCUUUGUAGCGAUAGCAGCUGGGACUGGCUAUUGUCAAUGUCUUACCUCAUACUGGGGGCGCUUCAAACUAAUUCCAAGAUACUGUUUGGGGCUCUGAUUUUUAAAUUAAGUUUGGUGGGUUUUCGACUGCGUUCUCCAGAACUGUCAUUGCCUUGACUCUUAAUAAUCAACACAACCUGCAAUUUUUAGCUGCCCAGCAUUGUAACCGGGGGCUGCAAUGGGCUCUGUUACAAUUUUAAAAUAAUCAAGAAACACCUGCAGGAUGAGCUCAAGUUCAAGCCCACCAUUUCAAGCUCAGGCUCAGUAAGUGAUUUUGUAAGUCCGAGUCAGUGUCAUGGAAAUACAGCCAGCCUUGGCUCCGAUGCCAAAUGCCUCACUUUUGAGCAUCCGUUCCAGAAGCUGUUGGUUUAGCUCUGCUUUCCUCAUCUGGGCUAAUAUUUUAUACCUGUGUCGUCCCUGGUCCUCUUACCAGUAUGUCUUGAUGUCAUCCCAGAGUGUGCUCUUGACCGCACACCUGCAUAGUUACAGAGAUGCGGAUGAGAGAUGAGGAACCUGCCUCCCUGUGCUCACCGUUCUGACUUUAUAGCCAGCUCCUUGCUGGCUAUAAAGAGGUAGCUUCCUAAUAAACUUCUGUCCCUGCUGAGCCAGUGUGCUGCCCCUGGCUCUUUUCCUGGACCACCUUAAAUGAAAUGCAAUGAAAAAUAGUAAAAAGUUGACCCUUGUAAGCCGCUGUCCCCUUUGUGCAGAAGCAGAGUGUUGCUGGGUGUUCCUGCUCUUGCAUGUGGUGUGUGGCGGGCUGGGCGAGGUGUGGGCUGUAAUGUGGAGCAGAUUUAGGUUGGGUUGGUAUUGACGGAAUGCCGUUUCGGUGACUGAGUGUUGGGUUACACUCAGCUGCUCAGUGCAGUCGACACUGACUGCACUCUGACUGCUUUGCCUUGUCAAUUAUUUGUUUGCCUUUUAUUUGUUUCUCUUAUUAAUAAUAAAAAGUUUGGCUUUUAAAAA